AUGCCCACCAUCUACUCCUCCCUCUACCAGAAUUUCAUCCGUCAAGGAUUCGCGAAAUCAUUCACCCACGGCUACGCCCAGUCCGUCGUAGCUGCCACACAUCCCAUCCUCAACACCCAAAACCGUCCGUCGUUCGCUCGUCGGAACACCAACCGAUUCGGUCGCCUCCAGUCCCUCCAGCUUCAGUCCGCAUUCCACAACGAGCGGACAACUUCGGGUCUUCCUGAGCAUCGCCACGAGAAGCUCACCAGCAAGCAUGGAAGUCUAGACGCUUACUUCGAGGCCCUGCACAAGCAGCAGGAGCAGGCCAAGGAGGAGGAUCUCGAGGAGGAAUGGAGCCAGUUCCAGUUCCAGAGGCAGAUUGAGUGGCAACCCUCAGAGGAUGCUGUUCUUGCCGGCGAGUCCAAGACCCUCGAAGUCCAGGAAGCUGCCCAAGAUGGAGAGAUACCAUCGAGCAUCCCCCCAGAGGCUCAGGCCGCCCUGGCCGAGAUCGACGCAGCACUGGAGAGAGAAAUCGAGUUCAGGAACCGCUUGGAAGCCUUGGAAGAGGCUUCUGAACACUCCAUCCGAUCAGUCUCUCCCGCCCCCCGCUCCUACCACUCUCCGGCUAUCGACCGAUCCAGGACACCGUUCAGCGUGCGCACCGGUACGCCUCCCGUGGACCCUCAAUCUCAGGUAUACGCCGACCACCUUCAGCACCUUUCCGAGGAUGGCCGCUACACCGAGAUCCCGGCCGUGUUCGAGGCCAUGCUCGUCGCCGGCACCCAGCCCAUUGCUAGUGCCUACAACGCUCUGUUGAUGGCCGCCAUCCACCUGCCGAACGCCAAGAAUGAGAUCGUUACCAAGGCGCUCGAUGUGUACGCUGACAUGCUCCGCCGCAAGGUGGUGCCCGACAGUGACACUUACAACAUCUUGGUCGGUCUGCUUGCUGCGCGCUCGUUGGAGGUUGCUGCUCUCAAGAAGUCUCUCGAUGACAAGCGCGUCCGUUUUGGCGGCAUGGACGAGCCUGGCAAGUUCAUGUUCGCUUCCAGCGAACUCGAGCACGCCAUCCUCUCCGAGGAUGACAGACUUGACCUGGCCAUGAACAUGUUUGAGAAGUCCGUCCUCACCCAGAGGGCUUCUUACUCGGCCGAGUCAUACCACCAGCUCAUCUCCGCGUGUGCUCAAGCCGGACGUGUUGACGACAUGCUUCGCCUCUACGAGCACAUGGAGUUGAACCGUGUCACUCCUUUUGCCGCCAUGUUCCCCGCCAUGAUCACUGCCUUCGCCACCUCUGGCGACCUGGUCAGCGCGGUCGAAUGCUACAACGAGUACAAGGACCUCGCCAUUGCUAACGACAAGGGCGAGCCCACUUUGAACGACAGACUCGAUGCUGAAGUCUACGCAGCUGUCAUCCAUGCCUACAUCGUCUCCGACAAGGUCGAGGGAGCUAUGAAGUUCUACGAGAAGAUCAUCAAGGAGUACGAGGUCCGUGCUGGAGACAUCAAGGACGCCAUCGUGAGCUCUGGCUUUGUCAAGGCCUUCACUGACCGCGGCAUCUUCAACGAGGCCCUUCGCUGGGCUCAAGUUGUAGAGGCUGAGUUCAGAGCGGACCCGAUGAGCAGCCUGGCAGCUCGCGCUGCGGACAACGGUGACAAGCUUACCGCCAUCGCAGCCUUCGCCAACCUGCCUGUCAACUUCCAGCCCAUUGCUACUCCUGCCAUGGCCCUUCUCGCUCUCAGCGUUCGCGAGGGAGAUGUUGCCUCCGCAGCUCGCUACUGGGGCAUUCUCUGCCACCCCGAGACUAUGGUCACCGCCGCCUUCAUCGAGCCCACCGCGAUGUUUGCCAUUGCCAUGAUUGGUUCUGGCCAAGUUGCUGAGGGCUUGUCGCAGGCGGAGAUGAUGUUCCAGAGAAUUCGCGUUGUCUGCCCGGAGCACGCUGACGAAGUUGACGAGGGUGUCGAGUUCGUUCACCAGUUUAUGACCAGCCGUAACAUCGCGGACCCCCGUGAGAUGGCUUCUCAGGUGAACUCGGCCUCUCCUUUCCCGUCUACUGCUACUGUCUCCAGUUUCGAGGAUUCCUUCGACCCGUACGCCCACAACACCGACUUCAAGGGUUCGUCUCUCAUCUCUGAUGAGCUUGAGGGUGCGCACGGUCGCAAGGGUCCCAGACUUCACGACGCUCUUACCAGGUUCCGCAACAUGCGCCGCGCUGGCCGCCAUCCUCGCUACAUCACGUACGCCAAGCUGAUCUCUGCUGCCGCUCGUGAGAGCAAGAUGGAGCUGUGCAAUGAUAUUCUCGCCAUGGCCCGCACCGAUGUUCCCCUCCUCCCCCAGUACGCCGUUGUCCGUUACGGCUGGUCUUCCAUCCUGGACGCCAUGGUUGGUGCUUGCCUGACGAUGGGCAGCCGCCAGAUGGCUGAGCAGUACCACCAAGAACUGCUUGCCAUGGGCGCCGCUCCCUCUGCGAACACCUUCGGUCUGUACAUCACGACGCUGAAGGAGUCUGCGAAGACAUUCGACGAGGCUUCUGAGGCUGUGAAGAUCUUCCACCGCGCCAAGGCCGAGGGCGUCGAGCCCAGCUCCUUCCUAUACAACGCUCUGAUUGGCAAGCUGGGCAAGGCUCGCCGUAUCGACGACUGCCUGUUCUACUUCGCUGAGAUGCGCGCUCUCGGAAUCAAGCCCACGUCUGUCACCUACGGAACCAUUGUCAACGCUCUCUGCCGCGUGAGCGACGAGAAGUUUGCUGAGGAGCUGUUCGACGAGAUGGAGGCCAUGCCCAACUACAAGGCCCGCCCCGCCCCCUACAACAGCAUGAUGCAAUUCUUCCUGACCACCAAGCGCGACAAGAGCAAGGUUCUCGCCUACUACGAGCGUAUGAAGACCAAGGGUAUCGCCCCUACUGCGCACACGUUCAAGCUUCUCGUCGACACCCACGCUACCCUGGAGCCCAUCGACAUGGCCGCUGCCGAGGCUGUCCUCGAAGACAUCCGCGCCUCCGGCCAGAAGCCCGAACCUGUUCACUUUGCUGCCCUGAUUCACGCCCGCGGCUGCAACCUCCACGACAUGGAGGGUGCUCGCAAGGUCUUCGACUCCGUCAUGGCUGACCGCUCCGUCUCUGUCAAUGCCAGCCUCUUCCAGGCUCUGUUCGAGGCCAUGGUCGCCAACCACAAGGUCGCCGACACCGAGGCUGUCCUUGGUCAGAUGCGCCGCCGUGGUGUUGAGAUGACUCCGUACAUCGCCAACACUCUCAUUCACGGCUGGGCCGCUGAGAAGAACAUCGACAGGGCUCAAUCCAUCUACGACUCUGUCGGCCACGCCAAGCGCGAGCCCAGCACAUACGAGGCCAUGACCCGCGCCUACCUCGCCGUCGAGGAGCGUGAGAAGGCCAAGGGUGUUGUCGGCGAGAUGCUUUGCCGCGGAUACCCCAGCGCUGUUGUCAACAAGGUGCUGGAGCUCCUCGGCGGCGGUGGUGGUGAGGAGGCCGUUGCUCACAACUGA